AUGGCCGCUCCCGCUGAAAUCACCAUCCAGGACCUCAACGGUCGCUUUUGCAUGGACAAAACCGUCUCAAAUGAUGCCGAUCCAAUUCUAUCACUCCAAGGGAUCUCCUGGUUGACCCGCAAGGCCAUCGGUAUCGCGACCAUUACCCUUCAUAUCAAGGAGUACAAGGACGAUGACGGUACUGUCCACAUCGAUAUCGCCCAGACUCUCACCGGUGGCAUUUCCGGCACCACCGAGCACCGCACCCUCAACUGGGACGAGAACGAACACUCCGACCACAUCUUCGGCACCGUCAAGGGCCGGUCCCGCUUCGUGCGAGGUGCUGCCGGCGCAGACGGCAAAAUUCGCCCAGCCGUCGAAGUGCAGACAAAGGCUGGAAACGAAAAGGAUCAAGAGGCCGUCGCCCGGUUCUUGAGUGGAGAGAUCCUGGCGGACGGAUCCGCGACUGAAGGAUUCGUGGCCGGUGAGGGAGAGGACUACUGGGUGCACAGCUGGGUGGAGAGCGUGAACGAUGGCUGGACCGCAGAGCAGAUUUGGGGUUUCGAAAACAUCAACGGCGUGAGAAAAUAUACUCGCCGCGUCGUGGCUGAGAAGAAGGGCAAGGUCAUCAGGGCCAGAUUGGUCUACGACUUCCUUGGCCGCGAGGCAUAA